CAAAAGAGAGACUCUACAGCGGUGGGUAAUUCACUGGUCCAUAAGCGGUCUCCUUUACGUCGAAGCCAUAAGACCUCAGCAUCUCUGACUAAGCUGUCGUUAUGUGAUGGACAGAAAGCCAAAAAGCCACUGUGUAAAUUUGAAGAAGGUCAGGAUGUCCUAGCUAGAUGGUCAGAUGGCUUGUUUUAUCUUGGAACUAUCAAAAAGAUAAACAAAUUGAAACAGAACUGCUUCAUUAUAUUUGAGGACAGUUCCAAAUCCUGGGUUCUCUGGAAGGACAUACAAACAGGAGCCACUGAAAGUGGGGAAAUGGUCUGUACAAUAUGUCAGGAAGAGUAUUCAGAAGCACCGAAUGAAAUGGUUAUAUGUGAUAAAUGUGGGCAAGGUUAUCAUCAGCUGUGUCACACACCAAAUAUUGAUUCCAGCGUGAUUGAUUCGGAUGAUAAAUGGCUCUGUCGACAGUGCGUUUUUGCAACAACAACAAAGAGGGGUGGUGCGCUUAAGAAAGGACCAAAUGCCAAAGCACUGCAAGUCAUGAAACAAACAUUACCGUAUAAUGCAACAGACCUUGAGUGGGAUGCAGGUCAUAAAACCAAUGUCCAGCAGUGUUACUGCUAUUGUGGAGGACCUGGAGACUGGUAUCUAAAGAUGUUGCAGUGCUGCAAAUGUAAGCAGUGGUUUCAUGAGGCUUGUGUGCAGUGCCUCCAAAAGCCAAUGCUUUUUGGUGACAGGUUUUAUACGUUCAUUUGCUCAGUUUGCAGUUCUGGACCAGAAUACCUCAAACGUUUACCCUUGAGAUGGGUAGACAUAGCACAUCUAUGCCUUUACAACCUAAGUGUUAUUCAUAAGAAGAAAUACUUCGAUUCAGAGCUUGAACUCAUGGCCUACAUUAAUGAAAACUGGGAUAGAUUGCAUCCUGGUGAGCUGGCAGAUACACCAAAAUCUGAAAGAUAUGAGCAUGUACUGGAGGCAUUAAAUGAUUACAAGACCAUGUUUAUGUCUGGAAAAGAAAUAAAGAAAAAGAAGCAUUUGUUUGGCUUGAGAAUUCGUGUUCCUCCUGUGCCACCAAAUGCUGCUUUAAAGGCUGAAAAAGAACCAGAAGGAACUUCUCAUGAGUUCAAAAUUAAAGGCAGAAAAUCAUCUAAACCAAUCCCUGACGUGAGGGAAUUAAGUAAUGGUAUAGAAAGAAAGGGGAAAAAAAAAUCAGUAGGUCGUCCACCUGGUCCCUAUACAAGAAAAAUGAUUCACAAAACUCCAGAUACAUCUCCUCUGGAUAACGAACCAGUUCCAGUUAUAGAGAACCCAGCCUUGGAAUUACCCUGCACUGUUGGGAAAUCUGAUGGAACUGCGCAUUCAUCCAAUACCUCAGAUGUGGAAUCCACAGGUGCUGCCAGUAUGAAAGAAACUACCUCAUCUAGCAUUUCCAGACAUUAUAGUUUAUCUGACACGAGAAAAAGGACUCGUACAGGAAGAACUUGGCCUGCUGCAAUACCACAUUUGAGAAGAAGAGGUCGCUUUCCACGAAAAGCACUCCAGACUCAAAAUUCAGAAAUUGUGAAAGAUGAUGAGAGCAAGGAAGAUUACCAGUAUGAUGAACUCAAUACAGAGAUACUUAACAACUUAGCAGAUCAGGAGUUACAGCUCAAUCAUCUAAAGAACUCGAUUACUAGUUAUUUUGGUGCAGCAGGUAGAAUAGCUUGUGGGGAAAAAUACCGUGUUUUGGCUCGUCGGGUGACACUUGAUGGAAAGGUGCAGUAUCUUGUGGAGUGGGAAGGAGCAACUGCAUCCUGACUGUAGGACUGAACAUUAUGUUCACUGCACUGUCAUCUGUAAGUACAGUUCAUAAUGCAGAGCCACGAGAGAAACGUGUCUUUUAAUGUGUUUCUAAAAACAAAACAAAACCAGUUUAGCCUUAACAUGUAAUUGUUAUCAUUACAGCUCUUGUGAUAAAGACUUAUCUUUUUAAAAUCUGAUCUGAAACUUAAAUUUUUUAAUCUGAACAUUAUUAGAUUGUUUUAGGUUGGGAUAUUUUGGGUUACAAUUGCUUAAAAAUGUGCAUGGUGUUUAAAA